GGUUAAGCCUGAAGAAAUCCGCUGCUUUUCUCAAAGCCUUAAAAGCGGAGCCGCGCUACCUCUUGGCCCAGAAUGUUGCUACUUCUACAGACCUCCUGGAUGGAACCCUUGACCGGGAGGUGCUGCAGAGCACCCUGCAAGUCUUUCAGCAUGUGGUGCCGGCCGAAGGCAAGCCGGUCACCAACCAAAAGAAUUCAGGACGCUGCUGGAUUUUCUCCUGCUUGAACGUGAUGCGCUUGCCGUUCAUGAAGAAGCUCAACAUUGAGGAGUUUGAGUUCAGCCAGUCCUACCUUUUCUUUUGGGACAAGGUACAGAGAAAGGGUCUUGCCCAAAAGGGCAUCCCUGUUUCCCUGCUUUGA